AUGCAACACAAUAUGUUUCGACGUGGUUUACAGAACGGAGGCGGUAGUUUCGGAGGCUUUAAUGGCGGGUUUAAUAAUUUUGGUGGACCUGGUGGUUUCCGUGGUAGUCAGGGUAACUUUGGUGGACCUGGUGGAUUUCAUGGUGGCCAGGGUAACUUUGGUGCACCUGGUGGAUUCCAUGGUGGUCAAGGUAACUUUAAUGGCUUCCGUGGUAACCAAGGUAACUUUGGCGGACCCCGUGGGUUUCAUGGUAGUCAAGGUAACUUUGGAGGACCUCAAGGCUUCAACGGUGGACCAGGUGGUUUCGUUGAACCUGGCAGAUUUCAUCGUGGACGAAAUGGAUCUAGAGUCUUUAACGGCGGACAAGGUGGUUUCGAGGAACCUGGCAAACAUCAUAAUGGACAAAAUGAACCAGGUGAUAUUGAGAUACCUGUCAAACUUCAUAAUGGACAAAAUGGACAUGGAGGCUUUAACGGUGGACCAGGUGAUUUCGAGGAACCCGCCAGAUUUCAUCGUAGACGACAUGGUCCUGCAGACCUUAACGGCAAACCAGGUGGUUUUGAGGAACCUGCCAGACAUCAUAAUGGACAAAAUGGGGCUGCAGCGUUUGGCGGUAGACAAGGUAAACCUGGUAAUGGACGAAAUGGACAUGCAGGUUCUAACGGCGGACAAGGUAGUUUUGAGGAACCUGCCAGACAUCAUCAUGGACAAAAUGGUGCUGCAGCGCUCGGUGGUAGACAAGGUAAACCUGGCAACGGACAAAAUGGGUCUGCCGGUGGACAAGGUAGACAACAUCGAGCUGGUGGUAAACGAAAUCAACCUGGUGAUUUUGGUGAUUUUGUUGGUAAUCAAAUGGGUGCUUUUUAA